CGCAAUUCCCUUUUAAACCCUAACAAAAUCCCGCGGGAGAGAAGGCAGAAGGGAAGUGGGGGUGCUUGUUCUGCUUCAACCUUCGAGAUGGAGCUGCAUUCCGCAACUCUCCAGACCUCUCUCUCUUUCCCUGUCAGAAGGAGAACUCUUGCUCAUGCUGACGCCUCCGCCGCGUGCUCUCCCUCAUCGUCCUCGCUUUCAAGAAUUCCAGCUCGAAACUCUUCUAUGGGUUCAAAAAGUAGAGGGUUCCUAUCGCUGGUUUGUCAGGUUAGACCGAAAAAAUCUUCCUUUUCUGCGGUUGUCAGAGGGGAUAGUGCAGUACCAAAUGAUUGUAGUUCAGAAAAUCUCAAUUCUUCGAACCGCACUCUGAUCCACAAUGGACCAGUAGGAAAUGUUCAAAAUGCAGAAGAUGGCGUUGAAUGCUUGGAUCAGCAUAAAAUGACCGAAGUGUGUGACAAACUCAUUGGAGUCUUCUUGAUUGACAAGCCAACUCCAACAGAUUGGAGACGGUUAAUCGCUUUCAGCAAGGAAUGGGACAAUAUUCGGCCCCAUUUCUUUAGCAGGUGCCAAGAUCGAGCUGCCACUGAGGACGAUCCUGGAAUGAAGCAUAAGCUACUCCGGCUAGGAAGAAAGCUGAAAGAGAUUGAUGAGGAUGUGCAGAGGCAUAAUGAACUUCUUGAAGUGGUCAGAGCCGCAGCACCAUCAGAACUUGGUGAAAUUGUUUCCAGGCGUCGUAAAGAUUUUACGAAAGAAUUCUUUGUGCAUCUUCACACAGUGGCUGAAUCUUAUUACGAUGAUCCGACUGAGCAAAAUGCUUUGGCAAAGCUUGGGAACUCCUGCCUGGCUGCGGUACAGACAUACGAUGCUGCAACUGAAAACAUUGAAGCACUAAAUGCUGCAGAGUUGAAAUUCCAGGAUAUCAUUAAUUCUCCAACUGUAGAUGCUGCUUGCAGAAAGAUAGACAGUUUGGCGGAGAAAAACCAACUUGAUUCUGCAUUGGUAUUGAUGAUUACAAAAGCUUGGUCGGCUGCAAAGGAGUCGAACAUGAUGAAAGAUGAGGUGAAAGACAUACUAUACCACUUGUACGUGACUGCAAGCGGUAACCUUCAAAGAUUAAUGCCAAAAGAAAUUAGGAUUUUGAAGUAUCUUCUCACAAUUGAGGAUCCUGAGGAGAGGCUAAGUGGUCUGAAGGAUGCAUUUACACCUGGAGAAGAACUUGAAGGACAAGAUGUGGACUGCUUAUACACGACCCCAGAGAAGCUUCGCACGUGGAUAAAGACAGUAUUGGAUGCUUAUCAUUUCAGUAGGGAAGGCACCCUCAUAAAGGAAGCCAGAGACCUUAUGAAUCCAAAGGUCAUUGUUAAACUUGAGGAAUUGAAGCAUCUGGUUGAGAAAAAAUUUAUGUGAGCUAAACAUCACUAUUAUUGCACACUGAUUCAGAAGGAUUUGGCAGUUAGGUAUCAAUUUCUGUCUUAAGUUAUGCGUCAGAAGUUGUAUAGUGGAUUUUUCCUUUGUUGUAUAACAAAAUGAAUGUGAAUAAUGGCAAUGAUAUGUAUUUAAAUUAAUUUAUUUUCUUCCGAGAAUCGAGCAUAGUUCGAGUGACUAGA